CCUUUCCUUCGCAUCGCUCCAAACAGACUGCAGCACUUUCAACUCGAAUCUGUUUCUUUCGAAUGUGGGGGGAUGGACGGUUCAGCUCAAUUGAAAAGGAUAAAGAGUGAUAAAGACAUUAAUGCAGAAUGUGGUUCUAUCAAGAAGACAUCAACAGGAUCCUCUUGCACAAUUUACAGAGCCUAUCCAACAGACAGUGGAGAAUACUGGUGUGAGACUAAAGGAGGACAAAGAAGCAACAGUGUCAACAUCACUGUCACUGCUGGUUCUGUGAUCUUGGAGAGUCCUGUUGUUCCUAUUUUGGAGGGCAAAGAUGUGACUCUGCGCUGUAGAAACAAGAAAACUUAUCUCCAGGCUGAUUUCUACAAGGAUGAUGUCUUCAUGGAGAGCAGUCCUACAGGAAACAUGACCAUUCACAAUGUCAACAAGUCUGUCGAAGGAAUCUACAAGUGCAGCAUCCCUGGUGUUGGACGUUCACCAGGAAGCUGGCUGGCUGUCAGAGCUGAUUCUGUGAUCCUCGAGAGUCCUGUCCUCCCUGUGAUGGACGGCAACAAUGUGACUCUGAGCUGUAGGAAGAAGAAUACGUCCUCCAACCUCACAGCUGAUUUCUAUAAAGAUGGACUCCUCAUUGGGAGCAGCUCUACAGGAGAGAUGAUCAUCUACAGUGUUUCCAAGUCGGAUGAGGGAAACUACAAAUGCAGAAUGUCUGGAGCUGGAGAAUCACCAGAGAACUGGCUGGCUGUCAGAGGCUGGUUUUUUGUUGAGACUGUUCCAGACAGAGCUGUGCUGCUCGGGUCGCAGCCAUCCCACUGCCUCCUGAUCUUCACCCAUCAUCUCCAUCUCCUCACAGCCCAAUGGAUCCAUCCUCAUCAUCUUCAUCCCCCAUCCCCCUCCAUCCUUGUGGAAAUCAGGAGGGACAGUUUUCUCUACUAA